ACAUCCUCGUCAGCGUCGAGGAUUUUCCUUUUACACUGUCUCCCUCUGCAAGAAACCUCGUAUAAGUCUAAGCUAGAGCUUUCUUCCUUUUGGAACUCCAGAUUUGAUAUUCGACGGCAAAAUGGGCGACAGCCAAUACUCAUUUUCGCUUACCACUUUCAGUCCUUCUGGGAAGCUUGUUCAGAUUGAACAUGCCCUAACAGCAGUUGGAUCGGGCCAAACAUCUUUAGGAAUUAAAGCUGCUAAUGGAGUUGUCAUCGCAACAGAGAAAAAGCUACCAUCUAUUUUAGUUGAUGAAGCAUCCGUUAGACAUAUUUCUUCUUUCACUACCACUUUACUGAUCAUUCUUUCACUGCCAUUUUUCUUAUCUUCUUAUUCUUAUUCUUCUUCUUAUUAUUAUUCUUUAUGGCAGGUUCAAAAGAUUCAGAUAUUAACACCUAAUAUUGGAGUUGUUUAUAGUGGCAUGGGUCCUGAUUUUCGGGUUCUAGUUCGAAAAAGCAGGAAGCAGGCAGAGCAAUAUCAUCGAUUAUACAAAGAACCAAUUCCUGUUACACAACUUGUAAGGGAAACUGCUGCUGUAAUGCAGGAGUUCACUCAGUCUGGUGGUGUCAGGCCUUUUGGUGUAUCACUGUUGGUCGCAGGGUAUGAUGACAAAGGUCCGCAAUUAUAUCAGGUGGAUCCAUCAGGUUCAUAUUUCUCUUGGAAAGCUUCAGCUAUGGGGAAAAAUGUUUCUAAUGCAAAGACUUUUCUUGAGAAGAGGUACACAGAUGAUAUGGAGCUUGAUGAUGCGGUUCAUACAGCAAUAUUAACAUUAAAAGAAGGGUUUGAAGGACAAAUCUCUGGUAAAAACAUUGAGAUUGGCAUAAUUGGUGCGGACAAAAAAUUUCGGGUACUGACGCCAGCUGAAAUUGAUGAUUACUUGGCUGAGGUAGAAUAGCCUGUUUUUGUUCUGCUGUAGCUUGAAAGGAUUCGAUUUUUUUCCCCUGAGAUAGAAAUUAAGGGAAAUUAGUUUUCAACUGAUCAAACACUCGAGACUUUUCUGUUGGUCAGCGGUUGUAGUUAUUGUUCCCUUUUUUCCGUUUCGAGACCUAUUGGACACGAGUUUACUGAAUUUAUUGCUUCAAACUAUGAACAAAAUUCCUUUGGCAAAA